AUGCAGCGGGAAAAUAAAUCCGCACAAUGUCUUCAUAUAUACCUAUAUAUAAAAAGGGGAGGCCAGAAGGGGAGGCCAAGAAGGAGACAGACAAAACCUAGUUUUCAGCUUUGUGGCAGCGAGGUAGUAGGAAAGUGUGUGAUAGUAGUAACGUCUGCAACAAUGGCAACUCCCUUAUUGAAACAGGUCCGUUUGGGCCGCUCCGGGUUGAAGAUAUCUCCGAUCGUAGUCGGGUGCAUGAGCUACGGGUCUAAGGACUGGGCGCCCUGGGUCGAAGACGACCGCGGCAAGAUCUUUGAGAUAUUGAAGUACUGCUACGACCAUGGUCUGCGCACAUACGACGUCGCAGACAUGUACAGCAACGGGUUGAGUGAGCGGCUACUCGGCGAGUUCCUCGCGCACUACAAGAUUCCGCGGGAGCGGGUGGUCAUUUUGACCAAGGUGUAUUUCCCCGUAGACGAGGAAUUGGAGAUGAAGCACGGCGGCUUGGAAGCAGGCAGCGCAGAAGCGGCGCAGCAGGAGCUCGACUUGGCGAACCAGCAAGGCCUAUCGCGGAAGCACAUCUUGGCUGGGGUGGAGGCGAGCUGUGGGCGGCUAGGUACGUACAUUGACGUGUUGCAGUUGCACAGACUAGACCGCGAGACGCCGAUGGAGGAGAUCAUGCGGGCGUUGAACGACGUUGUCGAAUCGGGUAAAGUGCGUUACAUUGGUGCGUCGACGAUGCGUGCGACGGAACUAGCGGACUUGCAGGCAAUUGCCGAGCGUCGCGGAUGGCACCAGUUCAUCAGCUCGCAGUCGUGCUACAACUUGUUGUACCGGGAAGACGAACGGGAACUGAUUCCGUAUUUGGAGCGUCAUGGGCUAGGGAUGAUUCCGUGGUCGCCUAACGCGCGCGGGAUUCUCUGUCGGCCUGCGGCCGACCAUGCCAAGUCGCAGCGGGCAAAGACCGAUCCGACCAUCAAGCGGCGCGCAAUGGACCACUUGGAGGCGCAAGAGGUUGAGAUUAUCGAUAGGGUGCAAGAAAUAGCCGAUAAGCGCGGCACCAGCAUGGCGGUGGUGUCGUCAGCGUGGGUUUUGGCCAAGGGCGGCUAUCCGAUUGUUGGAUUGAGCUCGAUCGAGCGGGUGCAAGAGAUUCUUGGCGCUGCUGAGUUCAAAUUGAGCGAAGAGGAGGUUGCGUACUUGGAGGAGCCAUACUUGCCUAAGAAGAUGAUUCUCUAG